AACAACAGGUGGCAAAUUCUUCUACACCCCCAGGGAGGUGCUGGACCACAUAUGUAGGACGUGGACGGGAGGCGUUCGUGACUGAAGUCCGGAAAGGGAAUUCGAUCAUUUCUUUGGAGGCGAUUGCCAGGGGGAGGCUCACGCCAUCCAGGCCUUAGUGAGUGCCUCCCAGGGUCCCUCCCAGUGCCCCAGAGACAGGCAGUGGGGGGACCGCAGCCCAGCACUUCAGCGCCACCAAAUGAGGCUCGUCCCUUGCCUGUCCUCCUCCCCGCUCCUGCCAAUGCCAGAAGAAAGGGUCCGAAACUACCGUCAUCAAGCCAGAAGGGAGAGGAGAGGGAAAACAGAGAAGCCCUCUCCUCCCAAAAUGUGCCCACAGCCUGUGUGGGUCCAGGGAGGGCAGAGGAAACACCUUGAAAUGAUUACUUCAUUUUCGCACAUAUCAGUCCCCAGACACGGUGUGGACCACCAAAGUUUUUAUCUACGAGUGAGCUCAAAAAGCUGGGGCCUGCCCACGGCCUCACCCAGGAGGAGAGAAGCCAGCGCCCACAGCGGGUCUGAACAAGCCGUGGUCUGGUCGUACCUCAACAACCCUGCUCCUUUAAGGGACUAGCUACACACUCCUCACGCUGCCUAGAAAAAGCCCUCAUUGCUGUCCCCUUCCUGUGUCUGCAUCAGCUGUUUGGACCCUCACCUCUUGGCCUCAGCUCCUGCCUGAGAUGCCCCAUUAGCUGCUCAGCCAGGCUGCUGGUGCCUCAGGCUAAUGGCCCUGCCACCCCGCCCUCCUCUCCCUUCCGGCUCACUGCCCAUCCUGGACACCCUCCCUCAGGCCAUCGAGGGGGACUCCUGAGCCUCAGAGACAUCUGGCAGCACCAAGAGUCUCAGAAAUCAGGAGGCUCUCCCUCCGAUGGGACCUGCACGCUUCCAUGGUGUUUUAAGAGAGGAUACGGUGGGAAGAAAGCAGACGACUGAGGGCUAGCGGUCCUCGCUCCUCACUCGGGCUCACCUGCUAACUGGAGCCGCUUCUCUCCGUGGGCCUCCCUCAUUGAGACAGUUGAUAUCUCACAGGACGGCUUCUAAUACCCUAGCAGUCUGUGAUCCCAGAAGCCCCCGAUCCCCCCAUCCCUCCACGGGCCUAGCCGAGGCUGGGGAGCGAGUGGAGGUCAGGAGCGUGGAGGCCAGCCCUGGCCCCAUGGACCUGCCCCCGCAGCUCUCCUUCGCCCUCUACGUGGCCGCCUUUGCACUGGGCUUCCCACUCAACGCCCUGGCCAUUGGGGGCGCCGUGUCCCAUGCCCGGCUCCGCCUCACCCCCAGCCUUGUCUAUGCCCUCCACCUAGGCUGCUCUGACCUCCUGCUGGCAGCCUCUCUGCCCCUGAAGGCGGUGGAGGCCCUGGCCUUGGGCGCCUGGCCUCUGCCGGCCUCGCUCUGUCCUGCCUUUGCCCUGGCCCACUUUGCUCCGCUCUAUGCUGGCGGGGGCUUCCUGGCUGCCUUGAGUGUCGGCCGCUACCUGGGGGCUGCCUUCCCCUUGGGGUACCAAGCUGCCCGGAGGCCGCGUUAUUCCUGGGGUGUGUGUGUGGCCAUAUGGGCCCUUGUCCUCUGUCACCUGGGGCUGGUCUUUGGGUUGGAGGCUCCAGGAGGCUGGACGGACAAUACCAACAGCUCCCUGGGCAUCAACACGCCAGUGAACGGCUCUCCGGUCUGCCUGGAGGCCUGGGACCCGGCCUCAGCAGGCCCUGCUCGCCUCAGCCUUUCUCUCCUGCUCUUCUUCCUCCCCCUGACCAUCACAGCCUUCUGUUACGUGGGCUGCCUCCGGGCACUGGCCCGGUCAGGCCUGAGCCACAGACGGAAGCUGAGGGCAGCCUGGGUGGCCGGCGGGGCUCUGCUCACACUGCUGCUCUGCUUAGGGCCUUACAACGCCUCCAACGUGGCUGCCUUCCUGCACCCCGACACGGGCGGCCGCUGGCGGAAACUGGGGCUCAUCACGGGUGCCUGGAGUGUGGUGCUCAACCCGUUGGUGACUGGCUACCUGGGAGGGGGUGCCGGCCGGGCGACAAGUGUGGCGAGAACGAAAGGAGGGACAUCCCAGAAGCAGCAGCCGCCGCUGGAGAGAAGGGGCAUGGAGCAGGGGAGGCCGGCUGCUCUCGCAGGCCCCUGAUGGGGA